CAAACCAACUGACCACAGAAGAUAUGACCAAGACAAUUACAAGUUGUCCCGCAUGAUUAACUAACAUUAGCUGUUGGGUCUUCUGCUCUUUCGAUCUCUUUUCAGAUAUCUAACGUUAAUGGUGAGUUAUGGCAGUUGAACAAUUUGUGUCAAAGACACUUGAGCUUCUACAGGAGGAGAGGGAAGCUGAAAUUGAGGAGACCAGGCUAUGGCAGGAGAACAUCUCUCUCAAGGAUCUUCAAAAUAAAGGUGUUUGCUUGCUGAAACUGCAGAUAGGAAGUCAGUCCACAGGCUUGUAUGGCCGCACAGUCGUCAUCCUAGAGCCAAGAAAGCAUCUUGGUUUCUCAUCUCUACCAAGCAACAGCUUUGGACCUGGUGAUAUAGUUGGAUUGUAUGACACUGGUGGAUGCACCGCAGACUCUCAGAUUGCUACAGGGAUAGUGACGAGGGUCAGCCAAGCUUCUAUAAGUGUGGCCUUUGAUGAUUCAAAGGAUGGCCUCAGUUUUGACACAGACGCUCUUUACAUCCUUUUGAAGUUGGCAAAUGAUGUCACCUACAAACGAAUGAAAAAUGCCUUGAAUGCAUUAAACAGAUACAGCAAUGGAACAGCGGCCAAUCUGAUCAGUGUUCUUUUUGGAGACACCAAACCCUCUUCUCAGUCACAGCCAAAUGAGGUUGGAUUCUUUAACUUGAACCUGGAUGAUUCCCAAAGAGAAGCUGUGUCGUUUGCUUUGUCUCAGAGAGAACUGGCUGUGAUUCAUGGACCUCCGGGCACUGGGAAAACCACCACAGUGGUGGAAAUCAUUCUGCAAGCAGUCAAACAAGGCCAAAAGGUCCUGUGCUGUGCCUCAUCUAACGUGGCUGUGGAUAAUUUAGUAGAGAGGUUAGCCCGAUGCAAGGCCAAAGUACUGAGGCUGGGUCACCCUGCCAGACUGCUGGAGUCCAUUCAGAAACAUUCACUGGAUGCCAUCCUCGCCCAGAGUGACAACGCAAACAUCAUCACUGACAUCCGUAAAGACAUCGAUAAAGCUUUUAUGGGAAUGAAGAAGGCACAUGACAAAGGCGAGCGGGUGAAUUUCAGAAGAGAAAUAGGGGAGCUAAGAAAAGAGCUGAAAACCAGGGAAGCAACAGCCAUUGCCCAGAUCCUAAAAAGUGCUGAUGUUGUUUUAUCAACCAACACAGGUGCUUGUGAUGACGGCCCUCUGAAGUUCCUGCCAGCAGAGCAUUUUGAUUGGGUGGUGAUAGACGAGUGCGCCCAGGCCCUGGAGAGCAGCUGCUGGAUCGCCCUGCUCAAAGCGCGCAAGUGCAUUCUGGCUGGAGACUACAAGCAGUUACCACCUACUAUUAAAUCACGAACCGCUGCAUCCAAAGGCUUGUCUCUCAGUCUUAUGGAGAGACUUAUCCAGAUGUAUGGGGACUCAGUGGUCCGUAUGCUGACAGUUCAGUACCGCAUGAACAGUGCCAUCAUGGAGUGGGCCUCCAAAGAGAUGUACCAGGGAAGACUGACUGCUCACAGCUCUGUGGAGAGACAUUUAUUAAAAGAUCUACCAGGAGUCACCUGUGUUGAAGAGACCUGCACACCGCUUCUUCUGAUUGACACAGCAGGCUGUGGUCUGAGUGAAAUGGAGGUCACAGAUGAGCAGUCCAAAGGCAAUCAAGGUGAGGUAGACAUUGUUGAACUGCACAUAAAGGCUUUGACUGAAGCUGGGAUUAAAGCUAAAGACAUAGCUGUUAUUGCCCCAUACAAUUUACAGGUCGAUCUUCUGCGUCAGAAACUGUCUACGAGGCAUCCAGAGCUGGAGAUAAAGUCCGUAGAUGGAUUUCAGGGCAGAGAGAAAGAGGCUGUGGUGUUGUCAUUAGUUCGAUCCAACAGAAAAGGGGACGUUGGCUUUCUGGCGGAGGACAGACGGAUAAAUGUGGCUGUUACACGUGCAAGACGCCACAUUGCCGUUGUGUGUGACACUCAAACUGUCCAAAAUCAUGCUUUCUUGAAGUCCCUGAUUGAUCAUAUGACUGAGUUUGGUGAAGUCAGAACAGCUUUUGAGUACAUCCAAGAUAUCGUGCCACAGAACUACACCCGUGACCACAAAGACAGUAAGGCUAAUACAUCUGCAGCUAUCAGCAGCUCCGCAUCUACCAAACAAAGUGUCAAAGAUCAGGCUCGCAGCAAGGUGAAGCAAGGGCAGAAGAAAUCGAGUGGUAGCAGCAGUAAGGAAAACACUGCUGGUUCAGAGAAGUACAAAAAAUCCUCUGCAUCAACACUCACAGAGGAACAACAGAACAAGAACAGAUGCACUGAGAUCAGAGAGCAGGUGGAGAACUUUCUGAAGGACUUAAAUCAGAGUGAAAUACAAUUCCCAUCAUCUUUUAACUCUCAUGACCGCCUGCUGGUCCACCAGAUCGCUGAGGAGCUGGGACUUGUGCAUGAGAGCAAAGGUGAGGGGAAAGACAGGUGUAUCAGUGUGUCCAGGCCCCUGGUUUCAGCACCAGCUGAGGAGCCGACACAAGCACAAGAAGAAGAAGAAGGAGAAGAAGAAGCCCAGGAAGAAGAAACAAACCCAAAUCCCCAAAGUGAGCCGCGGUCUCAUUCUCCAUUAGAUUUGAAAAGUUUACAUUUGGAGCGAAUGAAGAGGGAGCAACAGAAAAGAGAAGAAAAUGCUCAACGGAAAAAACAGCAGAACAAUAUCCCGCCAGCUCAGACCCAGUCAUCCAAGAAGGCCAAAGGAAAGAACCGAACAAAGGCGGGCGCCUGCGACAUUGCUGCAGCAGCUGCUCCCGAUGAUGACUUUGACACGCUUAUCAACGCUGUCAAGAAGGCCGACAGUGUGUGCAGUUUUGUCAAGUGUAAAGCAUCUGUGCUAACCCUUGGACAGCUUUGCAUUUUUUGCAACAGGCAGUACUGCCUCAGUCACCAUAUACCAGAGGUUCACGGCUGUGGAGAUAAAGCCAAGUCUCAUGCUCGGAUGAGAAUAAGCAAAGAAGGCGUUCUUUAUGCCGGCAGUGGGAAGAAAGACAAAUCCAUGGAUCCCAAUAAGAAAGCUUACCUGCAAAGAAAACUGGACUCUAAACUGAAAGAUAUGGCAUCACAGAGGAAACAAAAGAACAAAGAAAAGGACAGCUAAUGUCACUAAAUCAACACUAUAAUUAAAUGAACUGAAGACUUUUGUUUUGAACAUAAUUAAACAACUCAGAUAUAUGAAGAUGGUUAUAGUCUUGCUUAAUAAAUUAUACAU